GUGAAAGGUGUUCUACACUCGGUGCUGUCAUGGAUGAAAAGACAAAGAAACUAAGCCUAAAGCGUGAAGUGGGGUUGGUAGGAGCGGUGUCCCUCAUUGGAGGGACCAUGAUUGGUUCAGGGAUCUUCAUGUCUCCACAGACUGUGCUGUACACCAUUGGCAGCCCAGGUGCCAGUUUGGUGGUGUGGGCAUGUUGUGGAGUCUUGGUGAUACUGGCAUCUUUCUGCUAUGCAGAGCUGGGCACUGUCAUUAAGGAGUCAGGAGGAGAGUACAUCUACAUUCUGCGCACCUCAGGUCCCGUGGUGGCCUUCAUGUUGAUUUUUAGCUCAGUGUUGUUCGUCAGGCCUGCUGGAGUGGCUGGUAUUGCACUUAGCUUUGCUCAAUAUGUUGUGGCUCCUUUUUACUUGGAGUGUCCUCCUCCGGUGGUAUUGGUCAAGUGUGUGGCUGCCGCUGCCAUUCUCAUCUUAGCCACUGUGAACUGCCUCAAUGUGCGCUUCUCCAUGUCAGUCCAGGUGUUUUUUAUGGUGGCCAAAGUUCUUGCUUUGGCUGUCAUUAUUAUAGGAGGUGUGGUCAUGCUAUUUAAAGGACACACAUCAAACUUUGAGGACUCUUUUGAAAAUACAAAUGUUGGAAUCAAUCCUAUUGGUAUUGCUUUCUACCAGGGGCUGUGGUCCUAUGAUGGCUGGAACAAUCUCAACUAUGUGACUGAGGAGCUUAAGCGCCCAGAGGUCAAUCUGCCCAGGGCUGUUAUUAUUGCCAUUUCUCUGGUCACUGGAUUGUAUCUGCUCGUCAAUGUCAGCUACCUCACUGUGAUGACGCCAAAGGAGCUCAUGAUGUCAAAUGCAGUUGCAGUUACAUGGGGGAACAAGGUGUUGGGGAGCUGGGGUUGGAUCAUGUCAGUGGCCGCUGCGCUGUCUGCAUUUGGCUCUCUUAACGGGACAUUCUUCAGUGGGGGUAGAGUUUGCUUUGUCGCGGCUAGAGAAGGACACAUGCCGGAUAUUCUGGCCAUGGCCCAUGUGCGUAGACUGACUCCAUCUCCAGCACUGAUUUUCACCACAUUCGUCUCCUUGCUGGUUCUCAUCCCUGGAGAUUUCCAAAGUAUUGUUAACUAUUUCAGUUUCACAGCUUGGUUUUUCUAUGGAAUUACACUGUCUGGACUUAUAUAUCUCAAAAUUAAAAGGCCUGAUCUCCCCAGGCCUUACAGGGUUCCCAUCAUACUCCCAGUAAUAGUGAUCAUUGCUGCAGUCUUCCUUGUACUGGCUCCUAUUAUUGACAGUCCUCAGAUUGAAUACCUCUAUGUGGCUUUGUUCAUCUUCAGUGGAGUUAUCGUCUACAUCCCAUUUAUUCAUUACAAAGUAUGUCCUGGCCUAUUGACAAAACUCACCGUGUUCCUGCAGUUGUUUUUAGAAGUAGCACCAGCAGAGAAAAACAUAUGAUUUGUUCUACAGAAAUGGUAGCAGUAAUUAAACUAGUCAUUUUGGUUAGCUAUGGGCUAGUUUAGUUUUGUCUAUACUAUUAUGU